AUGGAAGAAGCCGACGCAGUCAUGAAGAUCAUUGAUAGAUGCUGGUUCGAGCUCGAGAUCUUCAAGAAACGACCAGACACUUCGCCUUCUUCAACCUCCAGAUCCGAUCCAGGUCAACAAUGCAUAGGAGGAAUACCCGAAGACGAAAACCCGUGUAUUCAUCUUUCCCGGGCUCCGUCCAUUCUUGUGAGGUCCAUGAGCGAUCAAACGAGCAUCAUCCCAACAAGCUUCCCAUCGAGCUCUCUCUCUGCAGACUCAGUCCUUUGCACGACGCCUUUGCACAGCAUGAUCUAUGAGGAAGAAGAAGGUUUCAACUGGAACAACCCGAGAAGCUCGGCAUUCUCGCGGGGAAAGAAGGGCCGUGCGGGAGGAAGAGCGAAGAGGAGGUCCCUGAGCAAGAGCUUGUCGCAGCUCGAGUUCGAGGAGCUAAAAGGUUUCAUGGAUCUCGGGUUUGUCUUCUCGGAGGAAGACAUAGAUGACUCGAGCUUGGUCUCCAUCAUUCCUGGGCUACAGAGACUGGGCAAGAGAAUUAAAGAUGGUGAAGAAGAUGAUGACGAUGACGAAGAAGCCGAUCAUCGUCAGGAAGAUGGUGAUGAGAAAGAGCGUGUUGGCGAGUCUGCAGGUAUCGCUAGGCCUUAUCUCUCGGAGGCGUGGGAAUGGUGGGAGGAGAAGGAGGAGGAGGAUCCAUUGAUGAACUGGAAGGUUCCUGCUCUUGGGAACGAGACGGACAUGAGAGAGAGUCUCAAAUGGUGGGCUCACACCGUUGCUUCAACUGUUAUAUGA